AUGAAGAAACAACGACAUGGUUAUAACUUGCCAGAUGAUUGCUGGGAACUCAUAUUCCAAAAACUGAGAGAAGACGAUGAGCGUGACAUGUAUUCGAUAUCUUUGGUCUCAAAGCAGUUCCUUUCGAUAUCUAAUCGAGUGAAGCUUAGCUUGAACGUACACGACGAGACACUCCCUCUACUCCCGAAUCUUCUUCGAAGAUUUCAACUCAUCAAAAGCAUAGUCAUCAACACCUAUAAUCACCAGGACAUAGAUGGAGUCGUUCAUCAGAUUUCACAGUCUGGUUUUUUGAAUCUCCAAGCUAUCAAGUUUUGGUGUACAAGUGUACCUCCGCGAGAUGGUUUUAAGGCAUUGGCGUUGAAUAAGAAUAUAAAGAACAAUCUGAAGGUAUUGGAUUGCUCUCGACUGAUCUCUAUGCAAGACAAGGAUUUGGUUCUGAUAGCAGAUUCGUUCCCAGAGCUAGAGGAACUCAGGAUUAGUGUGCGUGAUGAUAUGUACGAUGAUGAUGAGGUUGCGGCACGAAUAACCGAUGAUGGUGUAGAUGCCUUGGCAUCAAAGCUUAAGGAAUUGAAGAAGAUUGUUUUUCAAGGUAAUGCUUGUUUCAUUACUGAUCAAUCGCUUAUUUCUCUAUCCUCAAAUUGUGUGAAACCUAGGGAAAUUAGUCUUUUGAUAAACGGUAGUGCUCAACACAAUUUGACUGAAGGCGGCAUUGAUUUUGUAGUGCGGCAUAGUCGCAAUUUGACCUCUCUCUCGCUAGAAUUGCAGUCGAUACAACCUUCUGCGUUCUCUUCUAUGAUGGAAAACCCGUUCACCCACGCCAAAAAUCUGCAUUCUCUCACCAUGACUCAAAAACUCUUUUCAGACAAGCGUAUUUGUUUAGUCGCAAAAGCACAUCCUCCAUUAAAGAAACUCAAUGUACUGAUGGGCUUCAUGGGCCAGUAUCCCAAAAUCUAUGGGGCAUUAAAAAUGCUUUUGCAGGCAUGUCAAUCGACACUGGAAGAGCUAACCCUUGGAGGUUGGUACCUCAGAGACGCGGCUAUAACCGAUUUGGCUCCGUAUCUCUCUAAUCUGACUUCUAUACAUCUUCAUGACCAUGCUUUGACCAAUGUCACCUUUUAUACCCUCACAAAAUAUUGUCCUUUACUUGAAAAACUAAUAAUGGCACAUUCGAGAGGACAAGUGAUGGAUACUUUUCCCCGGGGUUACUCACAUAAAAACUACCGAAUGCAACACCUUGAUAUCUCCGGGAAUACGUUGUUGAAUGAUACAGCACUUGAAAACUUUGGGCAAGUUUGUCCAAAUCUACAAUUUCUGUGUGUAUGUAAAUGUAUGUGCCUCACCAAUGUAGGCAUUGGGGAAAUUUUGAGGAGAUGCCCUAAAAUAAUGCAACUGAAUAUCAAUGGUCUUCAAGUUUCAGAUAUUUUUAGGAGAUAUUCUGAUGAUCAUUCUGUACUGAAUUUGAAGACUUUGGAAGCUCGCAUGACAGAAAUUGAUGACAAAGGAAUGGCAAUGAUCGGAAAUAGGUGUCGAAAUCUCCAAUAUUUGGACAUAUGUUAUUGCAAUGAAGUGACAAAUAAAGGGGUAAUGGAGGUGGUGACGAACUGCGCAAGAUUGAGGGAUAUAGAUCUAAUCGGGUGUCAAAAAGUGAGCACCUAUAUUUCGCCUGAGAUGGCGUUUUCAAGGCGGAGAUCAUUUAGCCACGAAGUUGUGACGGUCUUAGUGAACAGAUGA